CAAUGCCCGUCACUUGAAAAUGGUUGUGUUGGAUACGUGGAUGACUGGAAUACGAACAGGACCGUACAGAACCUGUAUUUUACGUCUAAGAGAAUUAGUUGUAGACUGAUACUUAAGGCAAAUUGGAGAAUUGAACGGAGAGUCGCUAUUUAGGAAUAGUAUGAAGAGCUUGCAGCUGACAUGCACCUGUAAUUAUAAGCGCUUUGGAAGUGGAAACAGGAGGAUCAGCAGUUCAAAGCCGCCCUCAACUCAACUGAGGGUUUGAGGCCAGGCUGGGCAACAUGACGACUUGUCUUAAACAUCGUAAAAAUACAGAAAAUAGAACGGAGAAGCGUUGAGUUUGGGGUUGUUUGGAGCUUCCCUCUUCCUUAAUGUGUAUAUUGUAGGAUUUUGCAAAUCUCUUGGUAUGACCUUAGAACCUUAGAGUGCACAGGAAAGGAAAUCUUUCAAUGUAAUGAAAAGCUAAGCUAAUACGGCGCUGCAGGAGGCACUUCCUAUGUCUGUGGUUUCAACAGAUAUCAUGCACACAUCUGCAGAGUGUUUUACUAGAAAAAGCCCAGGCUUGGCCUAAAAAACUCAAUGUGCCUGCUGCUUGUAUUGGUUUUGGCAUAGUGUCUUUGAGCCACUGUGGCCUGGGACAGGAAUCCAGGCAAGUUAUUCCUACAUCAUAGAGGUAUUGUGAGGGUCGGGUGAUGACUAGGGAGCUACUGUGGAGCAUAAGGCCUGGUGUCAAGUCAAAGGACCAGGAAGAGAAGCCUGAGUCUGCUGCAGUUCCUCAUACCUGGCGGUCCAUGGGUAGACUCAGGCUCACAAGACAUUCCACUCCCUCCAAAGAGAAUUAGAACCAAAGGGAGAAAGGGAGAACCAUCUAAUCCUCCAUGAGGCUUGGAUGUCUCACCCCAGAGCAGAGACACAGCAGCAUUGGAGAAAUACUUAACACAAGUGACUUCGUGAUGAUGACUAAGGAGUGAAUUUGAGAAUUAGAGAUUAUCAUGUGUGAAGUGUUUAGCCCAAGGCCCAGCUUGGAAUGAGUGCUCAGUAGAUGGUAGCUAGCAUUAAUAGUUCAUUGCCAAUGGCCUUUUAUGAUUGUAAUAGUAACUAAAUAAUGGUACAAAUAAUAAUUUAAUAGUGGUAAUCAUUUGUGACUAAGUGGCCAUUUGAGUGAAUGGGUUUGUAUAUUACUUUGGUAUUUUAUUGCAAAAGGCCCUAGGGGCACCUCCAUGAUUUUUGUUAUUUUUAUUUCACAGCAUUUUCCACAGGGACUUUUCAAGUAUUAGGGUUCUAGGGCAUCUGGAGUACUGUAUUCACUUGUAUUUUUGGGAGCUUGCUGUGCAAGCAUGAGGAUGUGACUAUUGUUGAUGGGGAAUAUUUUGAGGGUGUUUUGACCAGGAUUUGUUAACUAUAGAUUACUGUCAUUGUUAGAAAAGUUCAGUCCAGAAUAGGCUUAAAACCCUUAUCAGUCUUUAGUCCAGUCUAUUACUUAGGUAAUAGAUCAUCAUUUUUGGCUGCUUAAAUAAGCCCCUUGUACUUUGCCCAAGGAAAGGGAACUCAUUAUCAAAGAGUCAGAAUCCAGAGUGGAGCUGUGUUAUGUGCAUGUGAAAUUUCACAGAGCAAAGGCUUCUUUUCCCUUCCUGAAAUGUUGAAAGACUGGGGGUGGGGGUACAGGGCUUGAGGUCACCCCAGGUUUGAGGCUCCAUUUGGUGACACUCAGAGGUUCCUUGUGGGGAGCAUCUGCAUACAGGAGUACCGCGUCAUUCAUGGAGAUUUUACCCUCUUCCUUAACCAUCGAAUUUUUCACAACUUCCUGGAGUAUUUCAGGGACCCAAUUGUUGCACAAAGCUCAGCAGCCACUUGCUGCUCUGUGGGGCAGCUGCUCAAUUACUAAUGCCCAGCUGCCUGAUGUCAUGUGGCCUGUGCUAUGGUCCGUGGUGCGUACCUAUGCUCCCUAUGUCACCUUUCCUGUGGCCUUUGUGGUUGGGGCUGUGGGCUACCACUUGGAAUGGUUCAUCAGGGGAAAGGAUCCCCAGCCUGUAGAGGAGGAAAAGAGCAUCCUGGAGCGUCGAGAGGACCGAAAGCUGAAUGAGCUGCUAGGCAAGGACCACACACAGGUGGUGAGCCUUAAGGACAAACUGGAAUUUGCCCCCAAAGCAGUCCUGAACAGAAACCGUCCAGAGAAGAAUUAAUGGAGGGCUCAGGUCCCUGUGAUCCACGGGGCUAUGACAUGCCCUGCCACCUUGUCGACCCAGCUUCAGAACAUACAUCUGAUUUGCUUUGCUGCUCACUCUGGCCCCUUCUGCAUCCCCCAGCCACAAACAUACUGGCUGAUCCGUUAUGGCUAUACAGCUGCAGCAGCAGGGGCCAACGAAGAGGAAGGCUGCAUCUGUGGGAUGGGCUGUCUCCAUGACUGCGGGCUUCUGAUCUUUCCUGGGAGCACUGUAGGGAGGAGCCCUGGGGAAUGAACAAUGCUCUCAGGUUCCCUGGGGAGGGGCUUGCCCUCAACUGGGAAUGGUUGGGGCUUGUUGUUGCCAUGAGGAGGGUCACCUCCAUGUCUAGUUGUAGUUUUUGCACUGGACAGAAUUCAGAAGUUUCCCUGGCUCCCUUGAUGUGUUUUUCCUGUUCGCUGGCACAAUUGUCCCUUUAUCAGCUCAGGAGUGGAUUCUCAGGGGAAGGAAAGCACAUUUCUGUUGUGGGGAGCUCAGGCUGUUUACUUUGGGGCAGAAGGCGUAUGCCUGGAAAUAAUCCUUGUCUUCCACCCUUCCUCACAUGUAGUGAGAACCUAAUUAAAGUGGCACCUGAGACAUA